AUGGCGCCGGCGCCCCAAGGCGUCCGGGAGGAGCCGCUGCUGGGUUGUCGGUCCGGACCACUUUCCCGGCUCCUCUUCCUCGCCCAGGCUGUCUUCCUCUUGCUGCCGGCCGCUCGGGCAGGUCUCUGCCCCGCGCCCUGCUCCUGCCGCAUCCCUCUGCUGGACUGCAGUCGCAGGAAACUACCAGCGCCGAGCUGGAGGGCGCUGUCGAGCCCGCUGCCCCCCGACACUGCCAGCCUGGAUUUGAGUCAUAAUCGGUUGUCUAACUGGAACAUCAGCUUGGAGUCUCAAACAUUACAAGAAGUGAAAAUGAAUUAUAAUGAGCUAACAGAAAUCCCAUAUUUUGGAGAACCAACCUCUAAUAUUACUCAACUCUCAUUAAUCCAUAAUUUAAUCCCAGAAAUAAAUGCAGAGGCGUUUCAGUUUUACCCUGCUCUCGAGAAUUUAGAUCUCAGUUCAAAUAUAAUAUCAGAAAUCAAGACAUCUUCAUUUCCUCGAAUGCAGCUUAAAUACCUGAAUUUGAGUAAUAAUAGGAUAACCAUCUUGGAGGCUGGUUGCUUUGAUAAUUUAUCUAGCUCCUUACUAGUGGUAAAGUUAAACAGGAACAGAAUCAGCAUGAUUCCACCCAAGAUCUUCAAGCUACCUCACCUCCAGUUCUUGGAACUUAAAAGAAACAAGAUUAAGGUGAUAGAAGGUCUGACAUUCCAAGGGCUUGACUCCUUAAGGUCUUUGAAGAUGCAGCGGAAUGGUAUUAGCAAACUUAAGGAUGGAGCUUUUUUUGGCUUGGAUAACAUGGAAGAAUUAGAACUAGAGCAUAAUAACCUUACAGAAGUGAACAAGGGGUGGUUGUAUGGCUUGCGAAUGUUACAACAGCUCUAUGUGAGCCAGAAUGCUGUUGAAAGAAUCAGCCCUGACGCAUGGGAGUUCUGCCAAAGACUGUCUGAACUUGAUUUGUCCUAUAACCAGUUGACCCGCCUGGAUGAAUCUGCCUUUGUGGGUCUGAGCUUACUGGAGAAACUGAAUUUAGGGGACAACAGAGUCACUCACAUUGCUGAUGGUGUAUUUAGGUUUCUUUCCAAUCUUCAGACACUAAACUUAAGAAACAAUGAAAUUUCAUGGGCCAUAGAAGAUGCUAGUGAAGCGUUUGCAGGACUCACAAGUCUCACUAAAUUGAUCUUACAAGGAAAUCAAAUUAAGUCAAUUACAAAGAAAGCAUUCAUUGGUCUUGAAUCCCUUGAGCAUCUAGAUUUGAACAACAAUGCUAUAAUGUCUAUCCAAGAAAAUGCUUUCUCUCAGACUCGCUUGAAAGAACUGAUUCUGAACACAAGCAGCUUACUCUGUGACUGUCAUUUGAAGUGGUUGCUUCAGUGGCUGGUUGAUAAUAAUUUCCAACAUUCUGUGAAUGUAAGCUGUGCACACCCUGAAUGGCUAGCAGGGCAGAGCAUCCUGAAUGUGGAUCUGAAAGAUUUUGUCUGCGAUGAUUUUCUCAAGCCACAGAUAAGAAUGCAUCCUGAAACUACAGUUGCUCUAAGAGGCACGAACGCGACUCUGACAUGCACCGCAGUGAGCAACAGCGAUUCGCCCACGUCUACUGUGUGGCGCAAAGACAGUGAAAUCUUGUAUGAUGUCGAUGUUGAGAAUUUUGUUCGUUACCAGCAGCAAGCUGGAGAAGCUCUGGAGUAUACGAGUGUCCUACAUCUUUUCAACGUGAAUUUCACAGAUGAAGGAAAAUAUCAGUGCAUUGUUACUAACCACUUUGGUUCUAAUUAUUCUCUUAAAGCCAAACUGACUGUGAAUGAGAUGCCAUCUUUCCUGAAAACUCCAAUGGAUCUAACCAUUCGCACUGGUGCCAUGGCCAGAUUAGAGUGUGCUGCAGAGGGGCACCCUGCACCUCAGAUUUCCUGGCAGAAAGAUGGUGGUACUGACUUUCCUGCGGCUCGAGAAAGGCGCAUGCAUGUCAUGCCCGAAGAUGACGUCUUCUUCAUUGCCAACGUGAAAAUAGAAGACAUGGGAAUCUAUAGCUGCAUGGCACAAAACAGAGCAGGAGGCCUCUCAGCAAAUGCCUCACUCACAGUAUUGGAGACACCCUCAUUUAUCAGACCCCUGGAGGACAAGACAGUAACCCGAGGUGAAACUGCGGUAUUACAGUGCAUAGCGGGAGGAAGUCCUGCUCCUCGCCUCAACUGGACCAAAGAUGAUGGGCCACUGCUGGUGACAGAACGGCACUUCUUUGCUGCAGCCAACCAGCUUCUCAUCAUUGUAGAUGCUGGCCUGGAAGAUGCUGGAAAAUAUACCUGCAUCAUGUCUAACACCCUUGGAACAGAACGUGGUCACAUUUACCUCAAUGUCAUUUCAUCCCCCAAUUGUGACUCUUCCCAGAGUAGCAUUGGGCAUGAAGACGAUGGCUGGACCACAGUUGGCAUUGUCAUCAUUGUUGUGGUCUGCUGUGUUGUGGGCACCUCUUUGAUCUGGGUCAUUGUUAUUUACCACAUGAGAAGGAAGAAUGAAGACUAUAGUAUCACAAACACAGAGGAGCUUAAUCUGCCUGCAGACAUUCCCAGCUACUUGUCUUCCCAAGGAACACUGUCGGAGCCACAGGAAGGCUACAGUAACUCUGAGGCAGGCAGUCAUCAGCAACUUAUGCCUCCCACCAGUGGAUAUUUGCACAAAGGCACUGAUGGUGGCACUGGCACCCGGGUUAUUUGCUCUGAUUGUUACGACAAUGCCAACAUCUACUCCAGGACCCGAGAAUACUGUCUGUACACCUAUAUUGCCGAGGAGGAUGUUCUGGAUCACACGCUGUCCGGCCUCAUGGUCCAGAUGCCCAAAGAAACAUAUUUGGCACAUGCUCCCCAAGAUGCCCCUAUCUUGGAGAGCCUGGUGUCAUCAGCAGACAGAGAGUUGGCCGCCUUUCCCGCCAACCAUGAGAGAAUAAAUGAGAAGAAACUUCCCUCCACACAGAUGAACAGUGAAACAUUGCAGCGGCCUCUGUGGAGUGCAAGCAAAGAACGAGGCCUGCCUCAUCCUCCCUUUUCCCAGCAGCCGGUAAUUGAGUCACCGCAACUCCAUCAGAGCGAGGGUCUGGCGGAGAGUGGUCCAGACUGUUCCACAUCCUCCAUGCCCUGUCACAGGUUGCACAACCACGCUUUUGACUUUAGUAGGACUCGGAACAUUCAAGACGGUUGUGAGGGCACAUGA